AUGGUUUUUAGUGCUAAUGUGAAUCAGCACAACAGGCAUGCUAUUAUGAAUUUGUGGUGCUCAACUCAAUUGCAACACUAUGACAAGUACCUUGGGCUACCAACUAUGGUGGGCAGGUCCAAAUCGAGGGCAUUUGCAGGCAUUAAGCACAAAGUUUGGCUCAAGUUGCAAGGUUGGAAGGGGAAUAUGUUCUCUCAAGGGGGUAAGGAGAUCCUCCUUAAAGCAGUAGCUAUGGCAAUUCCAUCUUAUGCCAUGAGUUGUUUUAAGCUUCCACCAAGGCUUUGCUCUAAUAUUGAGAGUAUGAUGGCAAGGUAUUGGUGGGGUCAGAUGCAGGAGGAGAGAAAGAUCCAUUGGCUAAGCUGGAAGAAGAUGUGCAAUUCGAAAUUUGUGGGAGGCAUGGGGUUCAAGGAGCUUGAGGUUUUCAAUAUGGCUUUGUUGGAAAAACAAGCUUGGAGAUUAUUGCAAAAUCAGGAUAGUUUAUUCCAUAAAAUCUAUGCAGCUCGAUAUUUUUCUGAUGGGAAUCUAUUGACAGCUUCUCUUGGAGGAAAUCCUUCCUAUGCUUGGAGGGGUAUUUGGGAAGCAAAGAGGCUGCUAGUGCAAGGUGGCAGAUGGAAUGUGGGAAAUGGAAGUUUAAUCCAUAUUUUGAAUGAUGUUUGGCUACCUGGAUUUAGAAAUUUGAGACAAGCACUGGGAGUACUGAACAUAGUAGCCAGCUAG